AUGAGCGUUGAAGCUUCCCUAUCACAUGCUGGUUUUAUGUCCGAUGCAAGGAGCCACACACUGUCUCCUUCAUGCAGUGGCUCAUCGGUUAUUGGUAUUAAAUUCAAGGAUGGUGUAAUAAUAGCUGCUGAUACUCUUGUAUCCUACGGUUCUUUGGCCCGGUACACGAACUUCGAUCGCGUCCUAAAAGUUAAUGAAUGCACUGCUCUGGCAUGUUCUGGUGAUAUUGCCGACUUUCAAUACCUUGUUAAGCACAUUAGCCGGCAAGUUUUAACUGAGAGCCUCCUUGGCGACGGGUUUACUACCAGUCCUCAGGCGCUUCAUUCAUGGAUUACUCGGGUGAUGUACCACCGUCGAAGCCAGUUUAAUCCCCUCUGGAAUAGUUACAUUGUCGGAGGCGUCCAGAAAGAUGGUACACCCUACCUUGGAUGCACCAACAUGCUUGGGGUCGCUUUCACCGAGGACUGUGUGGCCACAGGUUUCGGCUCGUACCUAGCGCUUUCCCUCCUUCGGAAAGUGAUUGAAACCAAGGCAGAUUCAAACAUUGCAAACCUUACUUAUGAUGACGCCUUGGGGGCUCUCAAGGAUACCAUGACCGUCCUCUUCUAUCGCGAUGGCCGUGCCUUUAACAUGUACAAAAUCGCGGUGGUAACUAAAGAUGGCGUGAGUGUGAGCGACAACCAGAAAGCGGAGGUGAACUGGCAGAUUGCAGAAACUGUUGCCGGCUAUGAGUGA